UACUCCCGGCACCCCGGCACCGACCAUACCUUGGCUCCCUGGUGCUCCAGCUCCCUCUUAGCCCCGUUCCUCGGGCUCCCACAACUGCAUCCCCAUCUUCCCUACUCCUUGUGCCCCGGAGCCCCCAGCUAACCCCGGCUGUCCCAGCUCCACAGCUGCUGUGCCCACCGGCUCCCCGGCCCCCGGGCUCCCGGGCCCCCUGGAACCGAGGCCAUGGCGUUCAUGGUGAAGAGCAUGGUGGGGGGGCAGCUGAAGAACCUGACGGGGGGCCUUGGCGGCGAGGAGAAGAGUGAGGGCGAGAAGUCUCCGGCCGAGGCACAGGGCAUGACCCGUGAGGAGUACGAGGAAUAUCAACGGCAGCUGGUGGAGGAGAAGAUGGAGAGAGAUGCCCAGUUUGCCCAGCGCAAGGCGGAGAGAGCCACGGUCAGGUCCCACUUCCGAGACAAGUACAGGCUCCCCAAGAAUGAAACGGAUGACAACCAGAUCCAGCUGGUAGGAGGUGACGUGGAGCUGCCCAAAGAGCUGGCCAAGAUGAUCGAGCAGGACAACGAGGAGGAGGAAGAGAAGAACUCGGUUAUCGGUCAGCUCAGCAACAUCCAGAACCUGGACCUUGAUUCCUUGAAGGACAAAGCUUCGGCCACGCUAGAGGACCUGAAGCAAUCAGCGGAAAAAUGCGCCGUGAUGUAACGGGGCCGGAGAAGAACAAAGUGAUAAGGGAAGAUCUCCUUCUCCUCCCCCUCCAUCGUGCUGUAGCUGUGCGCUGUGCUCGGUUGAGUGUCCCUCCACCUCCUGUGCUAUCCCCAUGCCAUGGUACUGUUAUAACCGGUGGAAUAAAUACCAGGAGAUGU